AUGUCAGAAACAGUUGAUACAGCGUCAGUAGCUACUAAUAUAGAGGCACCUGUUAAGGAGAUUGCAUUGGCCUCAAUCGAUAAGGAAGUAAAGAAGAACAAGAGAGCUAGAGAUGAUGACAAUGACAUCGAUCAGGAUAUGGCCGAUACAGGUCCAAACAAGAAGCCAAGCUUCCCUCAGAUUACAGUUGAAGAUAAUGGAGGAGUACAAAUUAGAAAGAUUACAAUCCCACCCAACAGAAUGGCACCACUCAAGGGUAACUGGCAACAGAUCUAUGAACCAAUCGUCAACCAUCUUAAGCUACAAAUCAGAAUGAACCUUCAAUCAAAGAAGGUCGAGAUUAGAACAUCAGAGGGUACACUGAAUCCAGGUGCAUUGCAGAAGGCCUCUGACUUUGUACAUGCCUUUGCUCUUGGUUUCGAAGUUAAUGACGCCAUUGCUCUGCUGAGGCUCGACGAUUUAUAUAUAGACUCAUUCGAUAUUGAAGAUGUAAAGACACUGAAGGGAGAUAACCUGUCACGUGCUAUAGGACGUAUUGCUGGAAAGGACGGCAAGACCAAGUUUACCAUUGAGAACACUACCAAGACAAGAAUAGUGUUGGCUGACAAACGUAUCCAUAUUUUAGGAUCAUAUGCCAAUAUCCGUGUUGCCAAGGACGCCAUCUGUAACUUGAUUAUGGGUUCGCCGCCUGGAAAGGUCUACGCCAAGCUUAGAACUGUGGCCACACGUAUCUCUGAGAGGUUCUAA